GCGGCGGCGGCGGCGGCUGUGGAGACCGGAGGUUCUGCGGGUGAGGGAGCGCGCGGCGUCCACCGAGCUGCUCUGUCAUGAGCACUGACAGUAACUCAUUGGCACGUGAAUUUCUGACUGAUGUCAACCGGCUUUGCAAUGCAGUGGUUCAGAGGGCAGAGGCCAGGGAAGAAGAAGAAGAGGAGACACAUAUGGCUGCCCUGGGACAAUACCUUGUUUAUGGGCGAGGAUUUCUGUUACUUACCAGGCUAAAUUCUAUCAUUGAUCAGUAUGACAGAUUUAAGGAGCUUGCUAAUACUACUUUCUUUAGCUUGUAUGUAUUGUUGUUUUCGUUUGAAGUAUGGGUAAUAAGAGAUUUAUUUUUAAGUUGUAAUGGAGUAAGUCAAAUAAUUGAAUUAAAUUAUCUAGAUGGUAUACGAAGCCAUUCCCUAAAAGCAUUUGAAACUCUGAUAAUCAGCCUGGGGGAACAACAGAAAGAUGCUUCAGUCCCAGGUAUUGAUGGACUAGACACUGAGCAGAAGGAGUUGUCAUCUUUAAGUGCAACUCCUUCCUUUUCUAGCCAGCAGGCUUGUUCAGAUGCUCCUCAGAGCCUCCGCAAGUUCUAUGCCACUCUCAAAGAAGCUUAUCCAAAGAAACGGAAGACUUUUCACCAGGAUGUUCAUAUCAAUACCAUAAACCUCUUCCUCUGUGUGGCAUUUUUAUGUGUAAGUAAAGAAGCAGAGGCUGAUGUGGAGUCAGCCAAUGAAUCCGAGGACACAUCUGGCUAUGAUAGUACAGCCAGUGAGCCUUUAAGUCGCAUGAUGCCAUGUCUGUCUCUUGAGAGUCUUGUCUUGCCUUGUCCCGAACGUUUGCAUGAAGCAGCAGAUGUUUGGUCAAUGUGCCAUUGGAUUUACAUGUUGAGCCCAGUCUUCCAGAAACAGUUUCAUAGGCUUGGUGGUUUCCGAGUAUGCUAUAAGUUGAUAUUUAUGUUAAUACAGAAAUUAUUCCAUAGUCAAGAGGAGGAGCAAGGAACAAGGCAGGGAGAUUUGACUGUAAAUGAAAACCAAGAUCUGAUGAGAACCUCUCCAGCUAAGAUUACAUUGAAGGAAGACUUACCACCUUUACCUGCAAAACAUGACCCCAUGGCAUCAGAACUGGGAAGUCUAAGAGACAAUGUGGAUAGCAUAGGUAUAUUAGAGUCACAGCAUAUUUCCUGUACAAAUAUGGAACAAGUUUCAGCUAUUGAAGCUGCUCCUGAGGAAGCAGAGGUGUUCAUGAAUGGAGGAAAGGAGGCUUCACUUCAGAGCAUAAGACUUUUGGAAGCUCUUCUGGCCAUUUGUCUUCAUAGUGCCAGGACAAGUCAGAAGAUGGAACUGGAGUUACCUACUCAGAGCUUUUAUAUUCUGAGAAGCUUGGGUACUAUGGAGGACAUGAAGGAGUACAUGAACCAGUUCUUAGAGAAUCUUACAGUUGAGUUUACAGUGCAGAAUUCCUAUUUUAACCUGCCAUUGUCAUCUGAUUUAAUCCUGACCAAAGAAAAACAUUCAAGUUCACAAAGGUCUACUCAGGGAAAAUUAUAUUUAGAAGGAAGUACUCCACAUGGUCAAGUUUCUGCAAAAGUAAACCUUUCUCGAAAAAGCAGACGACAGCAUAAAAGUACCCAUCGCUACUCUGUCAGAGAUGCAAGAAAGACACAGCUCUCCACCUCUGACUCAGAAGGCAAUUCUGAUGAGAAAAGUCCAGUCGUGAGUAAGCAUAGGCGGCCCCACGUGCUGCAGCGCUUUGUAGUGCAGCCUCCUAAGGGCCACCUUACAGCUCAACUCGACUUGCUUGUAACCAAAGAGCAGACUCCUGACACCAUGGCUUUGGAAAGUUCCAGAGACAUCAUUCCAAGACUAGAGUCUAAUUCUGAUAUUUUAAGCGAGCCAGCUGCCUUGUCUAUUCUCAGUAACAUGAAUAAUUCUCCAUUUGACUUAUGUCAUGUUUUGUUAUCUUUACUGGAAAAAGUCUGUAAGUUUGACAUUGCUUUGAAUCAUAACUCUGCCCUGGCAGCUAGUGUAGUACCCACCCUGACUGAAUUCCUAGUGGGUUUUGGAGACUGCUGUAAUCUCAAUGACUAUGUAGAGAGCCAAGUGCUGUCUGCAGGUUGGACUGAAGAGCCAGUUGCUUUGGUUCAACGGAUGCUCUUUCGAACAGUACUGCAUCUCAUGUCAGUAGAUAUUAAUACUGCAGAGGCAAUGCCAGAAAGUCUUAGGAAACAUCUAACCGAAUUGCUCAGGGCUGCUUUAAAAAUCAGAGCAUGCCUAGAGAAGCGGCCUGACCCGUUUGCACCAAGAUCAAAAAAAACACUACAGGAGGUCCAGGAGGGCUUUGUGUUUUCCAUGUAUCGCCAUAGAGCCCUGCUUCUUCCUGAGCUUCUGGAAGGAGUUCUACAGAUCCUGAUCUGUUGUCUUCAGAGUGCAGCUUCAAAUCCCUUCUACUUUAGUCAAGCCAUGGACUUGGUUCAAGAGUUCAUUCAGCACCAAGGAUUUAACCUAUUUGAGACAGUGGUUCUUCAGAUGGAAUGGCUGGUGGCAAGAGAAGGAGUCCCUCCUGAGGCCUCAGAACAUUUGAAAGCCCUCAUCAGCAGUGUGCUGAAGAUCAUGAGCACUGUCAAAAAAGUGAAAUCAGAGCAACUUCACCACUCGGUGUGUCCUAGAAAACGGCACCGGCGCUGUGAGUAUUCCCACUUUAUGCAUCAUCACCGGGAUCUCUCCGGUCUUCUAGUUUCUGCUUUUAAAAACCAGCUUUCCAAAAACCCAUUUGAAGAGACUGCGGAUGGAGAUGUUCAUUACCCUGAGCGCUGCUGUUGCAUUGCGGUGUGUGCCCACCAGUGCCUGCGCUUGCUGCAGCAGGCUUCCCUGAGCAGCACCUGCAUCCAGAUUCUGUCAGGGGUGCACAGUGUUGGCAUAUGCUGCUGCAUGGACCCCAAAUCUGUGAUUGUCCCUUUGCUCCAUGCCUUUACAGUGCCAGCACUGAAACACAUUCAGCAGCAGAUACUGAAUAUCCUUAACAAACUUAUUUUGGACCAGUUAGGAGGAGCAGAAAUAUCACAGAAAAUUAAAAAAGCUUCUUGCAACAUCUGUACUGUUGACUCUGAUCAACUGGAAGAGACUCUGCAGGGUAACUCAUGUGAUGACCAGACUCCUUCUAGCUUACUCAGCCCCUCCUACAGAUGCCAAGGCAUCCUGCCCAGCAGUGGGUCUGAAGACUUGCUGUGGAAGUGGGAUGCACUAGAGGCUUAUCAGAAAUUUGUUUUUGAAGAAGACAGAUUACAUAAUAUACAUAUUGCAAAUCACAUUUGCAGUUUAAUCCAGAAAGGCAAUGCAGUUGUGCAGUGGAAACUGUAUAAUUACAUAUUUAAUCCUGUGCUCCAAAGAGGAGUUGAAUUAGCACAUCACUGUCAACACCAGAGCAUCUCAUCAACUCAGACUCCCAGGAGUAGCUAUCAGAAACAGUGUGUGCCUCAGGAAGUGCUUCAGAUCUACCUAAAAACUCUGCCUGGCCUGCUCAGAUCCAGGGUAAUAAGAGAUUUAUUUUUAAGUUGUAAUGGAGUAAGUCAAAUAAUUGAAUUAAAUUAUCUAGAUGGUAUACGAAGCCAUUCCCUAAAAGCAUUUGAAACUCUGAUAAUCAGCCUGGGGGAACAACAGAAAGAUGCUUCAGUCCCAGGUAUUGAUGGACUAGACACUGAGCAGAAGGAGUUGUCAUCUUUAAGUGCAACUCCUUCCUUUUCUAGCCAGCAGGCUUGUUCAGAUGCUCCUCAGAGCCUCCGCAAGUUCUAUGCCACUCUCAAAGAAGCUUAUCCAAAGAAACGGAAGACUUUUCACCAGGAUGUUCAUAUCAAUACCAUAAACCUCUUCCUCUGUGUGGCAUUUUUAUGUGUAAGUAAAGAAGCAGAGGCUGAUGUGGAGUCAGCCAAUGAAUCCGAGGACACAUCUGGCUAUGAUAGUACAGCCAGUGAGCCUUUAAGUCGCAUGAUGCCAUGUCUGUCUCUUGAGAGUCUUGUCUUGCCUUGUCCCGAACGUUUGCAUGAAGCAGCAGAUGUUUGGUCAAUGUGCCAUUGGAUUUACAUGUUGAGCCCAGUCUUCCAGAAACAGUUUCAUAGGCUUGGUGGUUUCCGAGUAUGCUAUAAGUUGAUAUUUAUGUUAAUACAGAAAUUAUUCCAUAGUCAAGAGGAGGAGCAAGGAACAAGGCAGGGAGAUUUGACUGUAAAUGAAAACCAAGAUCUGAUGAGAACCUCUCCAGCUAAGAUUACAUUGAAGGAAGACUUACCACCUUUACCUGCAAAACAUGACCCCAUGGCAUCAGAACUGGGAAGUCUAAGAGACAAUGUGGAUAGCAUAGGUAUAUUAGAGUCACAGCAUAUUUCCUGUACAAAUAUGGAACAAGUUUCAGCUAUUGAAGCUGCUCCUGAGGAAGCAGAGGUGUUCAUGAAUGGAGGAAAGGAGGCUUCACUUCAGAGCAUAAGACUUUUGGAAGCUCUUCUGGCCAUUUGUCUUCAUAGUGCCAGGACAAGUCAGAAGAUGGAACUGGAGUUACCUACUCAGAACUUGUCUGUGGAAAGUAUACUGGGUGAGAUGAGGAACCAUCUUUUCAAGUCAAAGGUGACUGAAACUGAGUUAGCAAAGCCUUUAUUUGAUGCGUUACUUCGAGUAGCCCUGGGGAGUCACUCAGCACACUUGGACCAUAAUGACACUGUGACUGAGAAGAGUCAUCCGUCUGGGGAAGAAUUGUCAUCCCAGCUUGGAGAUUUUUCAGAAGAAGCUGAAGAUUCUCAGUGUUGUAAUUUCAAACUUCUGAGUGAAGAAGGAGGUUAUGAAGCAGACAGUGAGAGCAAUCCUGAGGAUGGUGAAGUUGAGAAUGGCGGGGUAGAAAUAAAACCUGAAGCAGAAGGUUUCUGUGCAUCAGUAGGUCUCAAUGACUUACUUGAAAACCUCACUCAAGGGGAAAUAAUCUAUCCUGAGAUUUGUAUGCUGGAAUUAAAUUUACUUUCUGCUAGCAAAGCCAAGCUAGAUGUGCUCACUCAUGUAUUUGAGAGUUUCUUAACAAUUAUCAGACAGAAGGAAAAGAAUAUUUUUCUGCUCAUGCAGCAGGGAACUGUGAAAAACCUUCUAGGAGGAUUCUUGAGUAUUUUUACACAAGCUGAUUCUGAUUUUCAAGGAUGCCAGAGAGUAUUGGUGGAUCUGCUAGUAUCUUUAAUGAGCUCAAGAACAUGUUCAGAAGAUCUAACCCUUCUUUUGAGGAUAUUUCUGGAAAAAUCUCCUUGUAUAGAAAUUCUUCUUCUGGGUAUUUUGAGAAUUGUUGAAAGUGAUGCUGCCAUGAGCCCUUCACAGUAUCUGACCUUCCCCUUGCUGCACACUCCAAGUUUAAGCAAUGGUGUCUCAUCACAAAAGUGUCCUGGCAUUCUGAACAAUAAAGCCAUGGGCUUCCUGAGAAGAGCACGGAUUUCUCAGGGCAGGAAAGAAGCUGGCAGAGAAGGCUUUCCCCAUCAUCUCCUUUCCUCUUGGCACGUAGCCCCAGUCCACUUGCCGUUGCUGGGGCAGAACUGCUGGCCACAUCUGUCAGAAGGUUUCAGUGUUUCUCUUUGGUUUAAUGUGGAGUGUGCCCAUGAAUCUGAGAGUACUGCAGAAAGAGGAAAGAAAAGGAAGAAAAAGAACAGAUGGUUGGUUUUACAGGACAGUAGUUUGGAUGGAAUAGAGAGCGACAGAACAGAUGGUGGUGAUUCCAUAGACCCUGGUGAAAGACUAAUAGAAGAAGGUUGUGUUCAUCUGAUUUCAGUGGGAUCCAAAGCAUUGAUGAUCCAAGUGUGGGCCAGUCCCCACAGGGGCACUUUUACCUUUCGCAUGUGCAUGGACUCAAACGAUGAUGCAAAAGCUGUUUUACUAGCACAAGCUGAAUCACAGGAGAAUAUUUUCUUUUCGAGCAGAUGGCAACAUUUAGUUCUCACCUACCUACAGCAGCCACAAGGGAAGAAGAAUGUUCAUGGGAAAGUCUCCAUCUGGGUCUCUGGGCAGAGGAAGUCUGAUGUCAUUUUGGAUUUUGUGCUUCCAAGAAAAACAAGCUUAUCAUCUGAUAGCAACAAAACAUUCUGCAUGAUUGGCCAUUGUUUGUCAUCCCAAGAAGAGUUUUUGCAGUUGGCUGGAAAAUGGGAUCUGGGAAAUUUGCUCCUCUUCAAUGGAGCUAAAAUUGGUCCACAAGAAGCCUUUUACCUUUAUGCUUGUGGACCCAACCACACAUCAGUAAUGCCAUGUAAGUAUGGCAAGCCUUCCAUAGACUACUCCAGGUAUAUUAAUAAAGACAUACUGCGGUGUGAGCAAGUCAGAGAGCUGUUUAUGACCAAGAAACAGGUGGACCUUGGCCUCUUAAUUGAAAGUCUUUCAGUUGUGUAUACAACUUACUGCCCUGCUCAGUACACAAUCUAUGAGCCAGUGAUUAGACUCAAAGGUCAAGUGAAAGCCCAGCUUUCUCAAAGACCCUUCAGCUCAAAAGAAGUCCAGAGUAUCUUACUAGAACCUUCUCAGCUGAAGACCCUCCAGCCUACCAAGUGCCAGACUAUCCAGGGCAUCCUGCAUGAGAUCGGUGGAGUGGGUACAUUUAUAUUUCUCUUUGCUAGGGUUGUUGAACUAAGUGGCUAUGAAGAAACUCAAGCAUUAGCACUGCAAGUGAUGCUGUCUCUAAUUAGAUACAGUCAACAGAGAGUACAUGAACUAGAAAAUUGUAAUGGCCUUUCUAUGAUUCAUCAGGUGUUAAUCAAACAGAAGUGCAUUGUUGGCUUUCGAAUUUUGAAGACCCUUCUGGAAGGCUGCUGCGGUGAAGACAUCAUCCACAUCACUGAAAAUGGAGAAUUUAAGUUGGAUGUUGAGUCAAAUGCUAUUAUCCAAGAUGUUCAGCUAUUAGAGCAAUUGUUGCUUGACUGGAAAAUGUGGAGUAAAGCAAAGCAAGGAGUGUGGGAAACUCUGCUAGCUGCACUAGAAGUCCUCAUUCGGGUUGAGCACCCACAGCAGCGCUUUAAUAUUAAGCAGCUACUGAAAGCUCAAGUGGUUCAUCGCUUCCUACUGACCUGUCAGGUUUUGCAGGAACACAAAGAGGGGCAGCUUACAUCCAUGCCCCGAGAGGUUUGUAGAUCAUUUGUGAAAAUUAUUGCAGAAGUCCUUGGAUCUCCUCCGGAUUUGGAAUUAUUGACAGUUAUCUUCAAUUUCCUUUUAGCAGUUCACCCUCCCACUAAUACUUAUGUUUGUCACAACCCCACAAACUUCUACUUUUCUUUGCACAUAGAUGGCAAGAUCUUUCAGGAAAAAGUCCAGUCAAUUAUGUACUUGAGACACUCCAGCAGUGGAGGGAGAUCCCUUGCCAGCCCUGGGUUUCUGGUGGUUAGCCCAUCUGGUUUUACUGCUUCCCCAUCUGAAGGAAACAACGCCUCCAGUAUUAUUCCACAGCAGACAGCGGCCCACAUGCUGCGUUCUAGAAGCCUGCCAGCGUUUUCUACCUCUUCCCCUCCAGUGCAGCCACACAAACUGAGUAGAAGUUUGGGCUGUAGUAUUGACAAGUUACAAAACACUGUAGAUACCUUCAUUGCCACCCAGCCUGAGAAACUGACUCCUUCGGGGAGUUCAGACAUGCUGAAAACUGGCAAAGAGGAUUCGUUUAUCAGUAGCUGUGAGUCUGCAAAAGCAGUUUGUGGAGUGGAAGCUGUUCUUGGACCCCAAGCCUCUGCCAAUGGUGUCCCCACAGGAGCACUGGGGGUCCUGGUAGCUAGAGUAGACAGUAACAACCUGGAGGCAGAGCCCAGAUGGGAUGGUGACAGUCCUGGGGAAGAGUCCUGCCCACGCCGACCUGAUCACCUGAAGGGACUGGCCUCCUUCCAGCAAAGCCACAGCAUGAUUGCAAGCCUCGGACUAGCUUUUCCUUCACAGAAUGGAUCUGCCACGGUUGGCCGGUGGCCGAGUCUUGUUGAUAGGAAUACUGAUGAUUGGGAAAACUUUGCCUUUUCUCUUGGUUACGAGCCAAAAUACAGCCGAGCUGCAAGUACUCACAGAAUUAGGCACCAGACUGCUAGUCUUCGAGGUGACCUGGCCUCACUGAAAACAAGUUUCCCCAUCUCAGAACUAUUACAUGCAUACUUUAAUAGAGCAUCUAAGGAACAAAAGGAUAAGUUUCUGAAGAAUCGUGGCUUUUCCUUGCUAGCCAACCAGUUAUAUCUUCAUCGAGGAACCCAGGAAUUGUUAGAAUGCUUCAUUGAAAUGUUCUUUGGUAGACGUAUUGGCCUUGAUGAAGAAUUUGAUCUGGAGGACGUGAAAGCCAUGGGACUCUUUCAGAAGUGGUCUGUCAUUCCCAUUCUGGGGCUUAUAGAGACCUUGCUAUAUGACAACAUACUUCUGCACAAUGCUCUCUUACUUCUCCUCCAAGUUUUAAAUUCUUGUUCUAAGGUAGCAGACAUGUUGUUGGACAAUGGUCUACUCUACGUGUUAUGUAACACAAUAGCAGCCCUGAGUGGAUUAGAAAAGAAUAUUCCUUUGAAUGAAUACAACUUGCUUGCAUGUGAUAUACAGCAGCUUUUCAUAGCAGUCACAAUUCACGCUUGCAGUUCCUCAGGCUCACAAUAUUUCAGAGUUAUUGAAGACCUUAUUGUACUUCUUGGAUAUCUUCAAAACAGCAAAAACAAGAAGACACAAAAUAUAGCUCUUGCCCUGCAGCUUAGAGUUCUCCAUGCUGCUAUGGAAUUUAUAAGGAGCACAGCAAAUCAUGACACUGAAAGCCCAACAGAUACAUCCCUCUCACCUUCUACUCCCUACCAUGCAGUCUUUCAGAAGCAGAAAAGCAUUGCUGGUCCUCGAAAAUUUCCCCUAGCUCAAACUGAAUCUCUUCUGAUGAAAAUGCGUUCAGUGGCCAGUGAUGAGCUCCAUUCGAUGGUGCAGCGGCGAAUGAGCCAGGAGCACCCCUGCCACGCCACGGAGACGGAGCUCGCACAAAGACUGCAGAGACUCAUCAUCUUAGCAGCCAACAGGAUCAUCUACCAAGAGUUUAACCCAGAAGUUAUUGACAUUUUGAGAACUCCAGAAAAUACAACUCAAAACAAGACUUUGGUUUCUCAGACUGAAAUUUCUGAAGAAAAUAUGCAUGAACAGCCUUCUGUCUUCAAUCCAUUUCAGAAAGACAUGUUGACAUAUCUGGUAGAGGGAUUCAAAGUGUCUAUUGGAUCAAGUAAGGCCAGUGGUUCUAAGCAGUUGUGGACUAAAAUCCUGUGGUCUUGUAAGGAAACCUUCCGCAUGCAGCUUGGGAGACUACUAGUGCACAUUGUGUCACCAGCCCACACUGUGCAGGAGAGAAAGCAAAUCCUGGAAGUCAUUCAUGAGCCCAUUCACCAGGAAAUACUGAGAGACUGUCUUAGCCCUUUCCCCCAACAUGGAGCCAAGUUAGUUUUGUAUUUGUCAGAGUUGAUACAUAAUCACCAAGAUGAGUUGGCGGAAGAAGAACUAGACAUGGCAGAAUGCCUUAUGAACACUCUGAAGUUACAUGGCCACAAGUGCAUUCCAUCCAGCGGCUCCUCCAAACCAGAGCUUCUCAAGAUGAUCAUGGAGGAGCAAAAGAAAUAUGAAAUUGAAGAAGGCAUGAGUAAAGCUUCCUGGCAGAAAACAGUUAACAAUAAUCAACAAAGUCUCUUCCAGCGUCUUGAUUCAAAAUCAAAGGAUAUAUCUAAGAUAGCAGCAGACAUCACCCAAGCAGUGUCUCUCUCCCAGGGAAUUGAGAGGAAAAAGGUAAUCCAGCACAUUAGAGGAAUGUACAAAGUAGACCUGAGUGCCAGCAGACAUUGGCAGGAACUCAUUCAACAACUGACACAUGACAGGGCAGUGUGGUAUGACCCCAUUUACUAUCCAACCUCGUGGCAGCUGGAUCCAACAGAAGGCCCAAACCGGGAGAGGAGACGCUUGCAGAGAUGCUACUUAGCUAUUCCAAAUAAGUACCUCCUGAGGGGCAGACAAAAGUCAGAAGAUGUGCUCAAGCCACCACUCUCUUACCUGUUUGAGGACAAAACUCACUCUUCUUUCUCCUCUACUGUCAAAGACAAAGCUGCCAGUGAAUCCAUAAGAAUAAAUCGAAGAUGUAUUAGUGUUGCACCAUCCAGAGAGACAGCUGGUGAAUUGCUGUUAGGUAAAUGUGGAAUGUAUUUUGUAGAAGAUAAUGCUUCUGAUCCAGUUGAAAAUUCGAGCCUUCAUGGAGACUUAGAACCAGCAUCAUUUUCCUGGACAUAUGAAGAAAUUAAAGAAGUUCACAAGCGAUGGUGGCAAUUGAGAGAUAAUGCUGUAGAAAUCUUUCUAACAAAUGGCAGAACACUCUUGUUGGCAUUUGAUACCACCAAGGUCCGUGAUGAUGUUUAUCACAAUAUACUCACAAAUAACCUCCCAAAUCUUCUGGAAUAUGGUAACAUCACUGCUUUAACAAAUCUGUGGUAUGCUGGACAAAUUACCAAUUUUGAAUAUUUGACUCACCUAAACAAACAUGCUGGUCGAUCCUUCAAUGAUCUCAUGCAGUAUCCGGUGUUCCCAUUUAUACUCUCUGACUAUGUUAAUGAGACCCUUGAUCUCAAUGACCCAUCAAUCUACAGAAAUCUCUCUAAGCCGAUAGCUGUGCAGUAUAAAGAAAAAGAAGAUCGUUAUGUGGACACAUACAAGUACUUGGAGGAAGAGUACCGCAAAGGAGUGCGGGAAGACGAUCCCAUGCCACCUGUGCAGCCCUAUCACUACGGCUCCCACUACUCCAACAGUGGCACCGUGCUCCACUUCCUGGUCAGGAUGCCUCCCUUCACCAAGAUGUUUCUAGCCUAUCAAGAUCAAAGUUUUGACAUUCCAGACAGAACUUUUCAUUCUACCAAUACGACUUGGCGCCUCUCAUCUUUUGAAUCCAUGACUGAUGUGAAAGAACUUAUUCCAGAGUUUUUCUAUCUUCCUGAGUUCUUAGUUAACCGAGAAGGAUUUGAUUUUGGUGUGCGUCAGAAUGGUGAGCGGGUUAAUCACGUCAACCUUCCUCCGUGGGCACGGAAUGAUCCUCGUCUCUUUAUCCUCAUCCACCGGCAGGCUCUCGAGUCUGACCAUGUGUCCCAGAAUAUCUGCCACUGGAUUGACUUGGUAUUUGGGUACAAGCAAAAGGGGAAGGCUUCUGUUCAAGCCAUCAAUGUUUUCCAUCCUGCUACCUAUUUUGGAAUGGAUGUUUCUGCAGUGGAAGAUCCAGUUCAGAGACGAGCACUAGAAACCAUGAUAAAAACCUAUGGGCAGACCCCUCGCCAACUGUUCCACACAGCCCAUGCCAGUAGACCUGGAGGCAAGCUCAACAUUGAAGGAGAGCUCCCAGCUGCCGUGGGACUGUUGGUUCAGUUUGCAUUCAGGGAGACCCGGGAACAGGUCAAAGAAAUUACCUAUCCGAGCCCUCUGUCCUGGAUAAAAGGCUUAAAGUGGGGUGAGUAUGUAGGCUCCCCAAGUGCUGCCAUGCCUGUGGUCUGCUUCAGCCAGCCCCACGGAGAAAGGUUUGGUUCUCUCCAGGCACUGCCCACCAGAGCGAUCUGUGGUUUGUCCCGAAAUUUCUGUCUUCUGAUGACCUACAGCAAGGAACAAGGUGUGAGAAGCAUGAACAGCACUGACAUCCAGUGGUCUGCCAUCCUGAGCUGGGGGUAUGCCGAUAACAUCUUGAGGUUGAAGAGUAAGCAAAGUGAGCCCCCAAUCAAUUUCAUUCAAGGUUCACAACAGCACCAGGUGACCAGUUGUGCCUGGGUGCCUGACAGCUGCCAGUUGUUCACCGGGAGCAAGUGUGGUGUCAUCACAGCCUAUACAAACAGGUUCACCAGUGGCACGCCUUCAGAGAUAGAAAUGGAGGCACAGGUUCAUCUCUAUGGGCACACAGACGAAAUAACCAGCCUGUGUGUCUGCAAGCCAUACAGUGUCAUGAUCAGCGUGAGCAGAGAUGGUACCUGCAUUAUAUGGGACCUAAACAGGCUGUGCUAUGUUCAGAGUCUAGCAGGACAUAAAAGUCCUGUCACAGCUGUCUCUGCCAGUGAAACGUCAGGGGAUAUCGCUACUGUGUGUGAUUCAGCUGGCGGGGGCAGUGAUCUGAGACUCUGGACAGUGAACGGGGACCUUGUUGGACAUGUCCACUGUAGAGAGAUCAUUUGUUCUGUGGCCUUCUCCAACCAGCCAGAGGGAGUAUCCAUCAACGUAAUUGCUGGGGGAUUAGAAAAUGGAAUUGUAAGGUUGUGGAGUACAUGGGACCUGAAACCUGUGAGGGAAAUCAUAUUUCCCAAGUCAAAUAAGCCUAUUGUGAGCCUCACGUUUUCCUGUGAUGGCCACCAUCUGUACACCGCCAACAGUGAGGGAACGGUGAUUGCCUGGUGCCGGAAGGACCAGCAGCGCCUGAAGCAGCCCAUGUUCUAUGCCUUCCUCAGCAGCUACGCAGCCGGGUGAGCGGGGACUGAGCCCCCCAGAGCACUUGACCUCCGGCCUGGAGGUUCCAGCAUUACCACUUGUAGGGGGCUGAGCCUGAAGAGACGAGGAUGGAACAGACCAUCCAGGACCCACGAUAUCUGUUCCUCCGCACCAAAUCCAAGUCGCCUCUGUUUGCAGGAGGAGAUUUCUGUCCUAGUUCAGUGAUGAUGUGGGAGGUGGGGUCAGCGCACUAGUGACCAUACGAAUCAUGUUUUUCCUGAGUGUCCUUUUUUUUUUCUAGAAGGGCCAGUAGACUUUAAAUUGGCUAAUUAUAUCAAAUGGUCUAAAAAUUGUAUUUUAAAAGUUUUCUGUCUUGAAAUACCCCACACCUACCCUUCAAAAAAAAAGGAAAGAAAACAAAAUAAAAAUUUUCAGGACUUAACAAUUGCUUUCUUUGAGAAGCAAAUCAUUCAUUAGGUGUCUCUGCACCAAUCAUUUUAUGGAAAAUCUGAAUAUGAAAAGUCAGCAAAUGCAUCUCAGCAUUAGGCUUUGUUUGCCAGUUCCCUUCUUAACUCAAAGGAGAACCAGAAUUCUUUUGAAGUCACUGCAAGAAUACCUAUAUCUUUGAUUUCAGAUGUAUCCUGUUUCCUUAUGAAAUUUUUACUUAAAAUCCCUAGCACUAGAAAUUGAAUGUCCUGAGUUGAACCAUGAAGGUUUAAGUGGAAUGUCAUUAACAAUGUCCCUUCCAGAGCAUUUAGCGCUUACUAUAGCAAACCUCCACUGGGCAAAAAAAUCUGCCAGGUGUGCCAGCUUGCAGCCCAGGGAAGGCAGGUCAUCUGAUCUGCAGGAAACACAGUUCUGGAAGGAGACAGAUUACUGUGUUUUAAACGGAGAGCAGAAUGCCUGUCUUAGAAAGCUGUUUUCACUCUGGUCCUUUUAGCCUGAACCACCUGAGGUUUCUGAGGGCAAUAGGAAGCUGAGUGUACUACCUAGAAGACCUGGAGCUCUGAAGCCUCAUUCCUCUAGCAUGUGGGACAGUCGCUCCGGCACUGUGGGAACAACCGUAUUUUCACUUGGGGUGCUGCUAUAGUGACUUUGAAAACACUCUAACAUAGGCAUGGAAAUGUUACCAUAAAAAGAUGCAUUCCUGCCUCAGAAUAAGUCAUUCACUUAUUACAGAAAUUUAAUUCAGAUGAUGUUUACACAACUACUUUUGUAACUUCCAGACUUUCUAAAACAUUCUGCUUAAAAACUAUAAAAUGCAAUUCCAAAGUUUCUGCUGACUGUCAGGAUAAGCACAGUGGGCCACAUGUGCUUCUAAUCUUGGGCUGCACGCAUGGGCCCAACCUUGCAAGCUGUGCCCAAGCCGGCACAAGCCACAUUGGUGCAGAGGUGAGAAUUCUCUCUCACAUUGCAGUGAUGGCUUCAAAAAGAAAACACAACUAUUGUCUAGCUUCCAUUUUUUACUAAGAACUUUAAAUUGGUCUCCUGUUAGAACAGGGUUGCUACUCAGUCUUUUUUUAGGGCUGAAUUUCAUCAUAAAGAAAAAUAUGCAAAAUAACUGGUCUUGUUAAGAGUGCAAUAUUCUAUUUUUUGUAAAAAUAAAAAUUAAUUGGGGUUAUUUAUUCAGCAUGAAACCUAGUAUGUAUAUGUUGGAAACACUUCCUAAUGUGCAUGUGAAACAAAACAUUCCUAUAAAUUAUCACAAGCUCUGUUAUCUUUGUAUACACUGCCACUUUGGUUUGGAAAUAAAUUUCAUAA